UCCCCCUGGAGGGGCCGGAAUGCUCAGAGCCCGCAGUAUAAAGGCAGCCGCGGUGGCGGUGGCGGCGCAGAGCUCCGUGCGCCCCGCAGUCAGGACUCUGGGACCGCAGGAGGCUCCCGGAACCCUGACUGUGCAGCCGGGCACCAGCACGGUUGCCCCGGGGUCCAGGCUUGCAAAGUGGCAUUCCUCCUUUCUCUCUCUUUCUCACCCUUGAGUCCUUCUGAGAUGACUGCUCCGGGCACGGUGGGAGCUGCCCGGGUCUUGGUCGCCCUAGUAGCCGCGAGCCUUUGCGGCCACCCUCCGCUGGGAGUGAGCGCCACCUUGAACUCAGUUCUGGUCAAUUCCAACGCCAUCAAGAACCUGCCCCCGCCGCUGGGCGGCGCUGCCGGGCACCCAGGCUCCGCGGUCAGCGCCGCGCCCGGAAUUCUGUACGAGGGCGGGAACAAGCAUCACUCCCUUGACAACUACCAGCCAUACCCGUGCGCAGAGGACGAGGAGUGCGGCACCGAUGAGUACUGCGCUAGUCCCACCCGCGGAGGGGGCGCGGGCGUGCAAAUCUGUCUCGCCUGCAGGAAGCGCCGAAAACGCUGCUUGCGUCACGCUAUGUGCUGCCCCGGGAAUUUCUGCAAAAAUGGAAUAUGUAUGCCUUCUGAUCAAAAUCAUUUCCAUCGAGGAGAAAUCGAAGAAACCAUCAUUGAAAGCUUUGGGAGUGAUCACAGCCCCUUGGAUGGGUACUCCAGGAGAACCACACUGUCUUCCAAAAUGUAUCACACCAAAGGGCAAGAGGGUUCUGUCUGUCUUCGAUCAUCAGACUGCGCCACAGGACUGUGUUGUGCUAGACAUUUCUGGUCCAAGAUCUGUAAACCUGUCCUCACAGAAGGUCAAGUGUGCACCAAGCACAGGAGAAAAGGCUCCCAUGGGCUGGAAAUAUUCCAGCGUUGUUACUGUGGAGAAGGUCUGUCUUGCCGGAUACAGAAAGAUCACCAUCAAGCCAGUAAUUCUUCUAGGCUUCACACCUGUCAGAGACACUGAACCAGCUGUCCGAACGCAGUGGACUCCUUUUAUAUAAUAUAUGCUAUGAAAACCUUUUAUGGCUUUUGUGAGCUCAGUCCUAAGGAUGUACAAAUUCUGUGGUUUUAGUUAAGCAUUCCAAUAAUACCAUCUGAAAAUCUGGAGUGUAAGAGCUUUGUUUCUUUAUGGAACUCCCCUGUGAUUGCAGUAAAUUACUGUGUUGUAAAUUCUCAGUGUGGCACUUACCUGUAAAUGCAACAAAACUUUUAAUUAUUUUUCUGAAGGUGCUGCAUCGUCUAUUGUUCCUCUUGUUAUGUAAAUUUUUGUAUACAUUGAUUGUUGUCUUGAUUCUGAUAAAUAUUCUAUAUUGAAUUGAGAUAAAUAAUUUCAGCUUAUAGUCCCUAAAUGCAUAGCCCUUUUCCCUUUGAUCUUAGAGUCUAGAAGGCAAGGAGGUCUUAGAAUGACAAAUGAUAGGUAUCUAAAAUUUCACAUGAAAAUAUUAGCUUAUUUUUCUGAAAUGUACUAUCUCAAUGCUUAAAUUAUAUUUCUAGGCUGUGAUGGUUUUUGAAAUAAAAUUUACUUUUAAUAUCAUGAAAUAUUACAAGUAUAGAUAAAUUUGGGGAUUGUGAUCUUUGAGGGGAAUGUGUGUAUGUAUGUGUGUUCUACAGGAAUAGAAAUGUGGUGACAUGUUUAAAGAUGAUCAGAGGAAAUCUAUUGUCUAAAUGUAAGGCAGUAUUGCUCAGUUCUAGAGUAACUUUAAAGAAAAAUGUGUUCUUUGAUGAGAAACUCAAAUGAUCAUGGUAGUAUGAGAUUGAAUCUUACAUUACGACUUUCAAAAAUAAUGUCCAAUAAAUUAGUAAUAUCU